AUGCUUAUUCUUGUCGCGGGUGUGACCGGGUACUUGGGGAAGCACCUCGCCCAAGUCGGUCUCGAGAAGGGACAUCAGGUUCGGGGCUUCGGCCGUUCGCCAAACAAGCUGCCGGUCGAGCUUUUGGGGAAGCUGGAAUCCUUUGUUCAGUGCGAGUCGUAUGAUGACAGGGCGGCGUUGGACAGAGCGGUGACCGGAGCAGAUGCCGUUAUCUGCUGCUAUACCUCUCACGCCGACGCCGUCCUCGAGGCUCAGAUUAGCCUCCUGCGCGCCGUGGAGCGAGCCGGAAUCAAGGUCUACCACGCUCACUCCUGGAAUGCGGACUGGACAAAGAUUCGUCAUGGCGACUUCGAACAUUAUGAUGCCUACAUUGCGUUCCGUAGGCAUACUGAGCUGACGUCGCCCGUCAGGCCGGUGUAUGUCUUUACUGGACUUGUCGGCGAAUUUGCCUUGAGUGACCUCUUGGGGAUCGCUUACUUCGAAGACGAUGCUGACGGAAAGGUCCUGAAAUACUGGGGGGACGGAAACGCCAAAUGGGACUUCACAUAUUUCGAGGACGCAGCUCGGUUCAGCAUCGACCUCGUCACGACCAACAGAUCAGUCCUGGCAGGGGAGGGUGGAUUUUUCAACGUCCGUUCCGCCGAGGCGAGCGCCAAGAACAUCGCAAAGGCCUACGAGAAGCGCAGUGGAGAAAAGUUGAAGCUGCAGUCGCUUGGGGGCGUCCAGGAACUCGAGGCAGCGCUCAAGAAUGCGAGGGCUUCCACUGACCCUCGGCAGUACUUCGCCUUCGCAAACUACUACAGCCAACUAGCGAAUACAUUGGGAACUUGGAAGCUGGAAAAUCCAAAGGAAGCGGGGGCACCAGAUGCGAUUGACCGCCUUUUUGACAACCAGAUCGAGAUCCCAAAAGUGUACACUUAG